AAUUAUCGUAAAAUCUGACGAAUCAAGAAAAGACACAAAAUGCAAAACAAGUGUCCAACUGUUGGUCCCAAAUGUGAAUUCUGUGCAUGCUCAGGGAAGGCAUGCCAAUCUCGAUUUCCAGCAUGGUGUGUGUAGGAUUGAAGGUGGAAUGGCCAGAGCUAAUAGGUGUGAGUGGAAUCGAAGCAAAGAAAAAAAUUGAAAGUGACAAUCCAUAUGUGACUGCUUUUAUAUAUCCUCAAGAUGUUAUUUAUGUACGAGCCAUCAGUUGUUGUAAUCGUGUCCUUCUCUAUGUUCCAAAUGACAAUUGCCCCAACGGUCCAGUCAUUACUCGUCCCAUUGUCGGAUGAUCUAGCUACUAUAUGUUGUUGUUUCUUUUUCAUGACUCAGUUAUAACUAUUUCUUGUUUUCUCCUGAAUAAUGCAAAUAUCUCUAA